CCAAGCAAUGAGACAAGUCGCGAUGUGGAGGCCUGUGAAGCUAGAGGUGGCUUGCGACGAACAGCAGACGCAGACCCGGACCGGGAUCUUGUUCGAUGGUGGUGUCGUGUCGUGCCGUGGUGAGGGGCGGAGGGGAGACGCUGACGGUUUAUAGGUAGGUACUGGCGGAGGGAUAUGUUGCUGCGCUGUGCUGCACUGCAUGCAGGACCUCCGACGUCGAUUUGGCAUGUAGCGGAGGUAGGGAGGGAGUGCUGACGUGGGGACAGUUAUCAGAUUCCAGGUUGGUGAGGGCGAGGCAACGGUAAUAGGUGAGAAUCUGGCGAUGCUGUGAUGGUGGUGAUGGUGUAGGUCAUUGGUGUCGAAGUAAUACCGAUGUAUCCGUAUCCAAAGAUGUCAGGCUUGAAGUCUGAUGACGGGCAUACCCAAAAGAAGCAGGGGUGGAUAUCGAAAGCCAGCAGGACGGUCAGAAGAGAUGGUCAGUGAUCACUCGGUUGAAGAACAAUCAGUCGAGACCAGAACAACGGAAACGACCAAAAUCCAGGCUUGGCCAAGAGCAGAAGAAGAAGGGAGGACGAGGAGAACUCUGGGCUCUGGGCUUUGGACUGGGGGGAGAAGUAGGCGAGAGAUGAGCGAAUGAGGUUGGGUUAACGGGGUUGGGAGUGGGGGAUCGGAGUUGGCUAGUCCCUGGCUCUAGCUGAGGAAGGGAAAAGAAAAGUUAUCCGC